AUUUCAGCUCUGUGGCUUCAUUGCAGGAUGGGUGAAGUGCUUCCUCGAUCAACUCACUCUUACUCUCAUCCCCCUCAAGCUGGCUUUUCCAGAAUAGUCAUCUGAAAGCUUUGAGGUGGCGGUGCAGUGAGAGAGAGAGAUCCAUAUCUGGUGAUUGCUCGUCGCGGGCAUCGCGCAUUGCAGCUAGCUUGUGAGAUUGGCCGGUUGAAGAUGUUGAUGAAGAGCUUGAGGCGAUGAUGAAUCGUCAUCGCACUCUGUUUCACUGAAUCACGAAGCAGAUAGGGACAUAGUUCAAGAAUUAUUCUCGAGGCCUUAGCUCAACUGCUGGAUGUUGCUGAAGUUGGCAUCAGUAGCAGCAAACAGAGCCUUUCAGUCGUAGCCGAAUUUUGACUACUUCAAUCCAGAGAAAUUGGGGGGGGGGGUGGCAAGAUUGUGUGGACACAACUUCGAAGGAGACUAUCAAAUCGCAGCCCUCAUUGGUGACUUCUGAGCAUGUUGACGAACUUCAAUCAUAAAAACCUCAAGAAAUCUGCCUGAUCAGUAGAAGUUGGUGCUACCAAUCUAAACGGCCAACACUGUUGAGGGAUCUUAAUUUUGUGUGUUGCUGCCAAUUGGGUGGCAAUAUUUAACGCUAUCUAUGGUCGCCUGCAACCAGACUGGAGAUGGCGGGCGGACAGUACAGGCCGAUCAGGUAAAAGCAGCUCCUGGUACUCUAGUACACGAUGUGGAGACAGAGAGUCUUCCUUAUCCGAAAUCCAGAGCUGGUCACAGAGCUCUCGAUUCUAAGUCUUGCAACCCCUGCUCCACUCCCGCCAGCUUCAAAGAGGGAUACCAUCACCGAGUAGGGAAGGACAGCCCCACUCAGCAUAUCCUUCUCGGCCGGCUCCAAAGCGAAGACGAAUCAGGUGAAAGUAGCCCUACAUGCGUGAUCAAAAAUUCAGCCAUGCGGAGCAACUCGAGCAGUUCAACGAUGUCCACGAUUUCCAAGGCAUCUAGUGAACCUGGCAGAGGCCGAGAAGGAAGGUACAGAGGGACGAGGCGUGGUGGGAUAUCGACCCCAGACUAUGACGACGAAGCCUCGCCUCGUGCAUUUCCUGCAUCGGAGCCACGCAAAAUUGGAGAUACACGAAGACUUGAGAAAUCUGGCUGCACCAUCCCCACAAGGCCGAUCCUGAAAGGAGCGCCGCUUCUCCGGCGAGUAGAGACCGAUUCCAGCGCUGCCAAAGAGAACGGCUGGUCGAUGGCCCACGAUGAUUUGCGAGGAGAAGCCAAGGAAUCCCAAACGGCUCCCUUCAAAUCCAUCCAGUCUGCACUCGCGGACAAGACUGUGGAGCCGGGUGCGCGGAAGGUGAAGCGCGGUGGAAUUCCCCUGACCAAAACGCCGCAAUCCGCCAGCGUCAUGAACGGAUCCGCCGGGAUUUUCAGCUUCAACGCAACUUACAUGCCUCGAACUGGAUACGACUCCAACUCCCUUCACGAGCUUGAUGGAAAAGCGACAGAAUCGGACAGCCUUACCCGCGUGCAUGCGCACAAGACUCUCAGGAUACCGCUCCUGAAGCCCACACCCUCCAAGUGGGACGACGCUGAGAAGUGGCUGUCGUGUGGUGACACGCCCGCGAAGACGACGACCACGACCACUCGUAGUACUAGUGGACCUCUGUUGGCUCAAAUGGUUGCGAGCCAGGCCGGGAUACUGAUGCCGCGGCGAGGACCUCUUAGCUCGCAAUUUGAUCGGUAUUACUCAGGUCCCUUAACAGGAUUCGCAUUCCAGCAAACCACUGGAUUAACCGAAAAUGUGGACGUUGCUGAGAAGAAGUCGUCGGCAAGGUCGCCAGGUGCAGGCGGCGUGCUGCUAGACUUCUCCCCGGACGAAAAGGAGAAACUAAACUUGUUGCUAAAUCGGUACAGUUCCAUGGAGGGCGGGGUUGAAGCGGCUAACAAUGGAAGCGUCUCUCCAGAGUGCAAUGGCAGCUUUCUGAAGCUGGCGCGGCGAGGGGCAAGACCAAAAGUGGAAUCCCCACCCAUAGACUCGGAGCUGAGAAAUGAGUUCUCUCGCAUUGCUGCGACACGGGACAUGGGCACUGCGAUGACACCAAUCGUGUCGGUCGAGGCGUCUCGCACAGGUACCCCGAUCAGAUCCACCACUCCCGAGAAGAACCCAGUGAAUAAUAUCCAAGCGGGGCCUACGAUCAUCGCCACUUGUAAUGAUGAUGCGCAUGGAGCAGCGACGGAAAACAAAGCUGCUGCUGCCGAGUCUCCGCGUGCGUGGAGUGAGAAAGAACUGCAAGAGAAAACGAGGCAGGAGAUUUUAGCGCUGGGGACACAAUUAGGGAAGGCUAACAUCACUGCGUGGGCGAAAGGGGAAGAGAAAGAUGUUGAAACCGUGCUCGAAGGUAACAAAGGUGCGCAAGAGUUGGAAAACCUGCAGAGGUCAGUCCUGGCAACUCGCGCUGCAGCGUGGGAGGAGGCAGAGAAGGCGAAGUAUAUGUCUAGAUUCCAGCAGGACGAGGCCAAGAUACGGGCCUGGGAGGAACAUGAGAAGGCCAAGGCGGAAGCUGAAAUGCGCAGAGUCGAGGUCAAGGUAGAGCACAUGAAGGCUCAUGCUCUGGAGAAACUAACAAACAAGCUUGCCAUGGCGCAGCGUCAAGCUGUGGAGCUCAGAACCGCAGCCGAGGCACGUCGAGCCAAGGCAGCUAACAGAGCAGCAAGGAAAGCAGAAGCUAUGAAGACUCACGGCAAAUUCAUCAACCUUCUCUUCUUAUCUUAUCUUUGCACGUAGCCGAAUAAGUCACCUAUCUCUUGGACUCUCAAAAGUUUUGAUUCUUGUAAAAUACGAGAAGCGUGUACAUGCCCAGACCAGAUUUGGCACAACCCCCACCUGAAAUACCCGCUAUCAAUUGUUCCAGAGUUAUGAACAACACCCAACUCCUCUCGAUUCUCACUUUCGCAACGCUUUUUUCUACAAGCCUUUUGGCGAUGAACGAAACUCAACGCAACUCAACCUUGUGUGUCAGUCAUCUAUCGACCCCCAUCUAGUGAGCGAUAACGAAUCACACCCACACACUCAAGCUCUGCACGGAAAUUUCAGAAACCCGCCUGCAGCUACCGAUAUCCGAUUAAUGAAACUAGCCUCGUAACGAGUGCAGAUUAGCCGCCGUGAUAGGUAAAUAGUCCACUUCAAUCAGACGUGAUCCAGAUUGGAUCCAGCUUUGUACCUAUCAUAUUCUAGUCCCAGGCGGCUAUGGAGUCUUACUCUCGUGGUCUAUUCGUAGUACGGAUUCGUAGAAUCAUACUAUAGUCCCAAGUGACUGCGAAGUCUCUGCUUCAUGUACUUAUGUUCCUGGAAGGUAGAACCGGCUAUACAUUAAUAUCUAAUUUCGGGUGACCAUACAAUCUUAAUAUCA